UCGGAAACCAAUCUUUAUACGGUGGGUUUGAAUUUCUGUUGAAGAAAGAGGAGAAGCUGCCAAAAGAGGACCGAGAUCAAGUCAAAUAUCUUCUUUUGCAACAAGACAAAAUUAGGGUUUAUCCAUAAACAAUUCCCAGAAGUUCUCUUGUGGAAUUCAAAAUCCCUGAAAUCAUAUAAUCUCUCUAUUCAAAACAUUUGCUCUUGCAAAAGCUUAAACAUCACAGCUUCCUCAGGUGAUUCUUCGAAAACCCAGCAAAAAAGUCAGAUUCUUUCUAUUGGAAUCAACAAAGGUCCGAUGAAUUCAUAUCUCUUCCGCGUAAUCUGUAUACUCCAUUCGAUUAUCGCACUCACAAGUGGAACUCUGAUGAUGUUCUACACAGAGAAAGCUUCGAUCUUUGGACAUGGUAGUGAUAUAGCAAACAAGCUCAAAGGAUCAACACCUCACGACGAGCAGCUUAUUCAGAUUUCUCAGUCAUUCUCUGGUUUGCUUCUCUUUGCUAUCGGAUUGGUGCUUUUCAUGGUGUCGUUUGUGAAAGACAGAGAGUUUCAUAGCUUCUUUGCAGCUGGUUCUGUGAUUCUCUAUAUGGUUAUGGCUUUAUGGAGAGUUAUGUUUGAGUGGAAGAUUGAAGAUCUUGCUUUUGAAUGUCCCAAGCAAGCCCUUGGAGAUAUUGCUUUAGCUGUCUCAUGGGUUUUCUUCCUCGUUUAUACAUGGAGAGAGAAGUAUGAUUGAUGUUUUUUUUUUUUUUCUUAAACUAUUGUCGGUUUUUAUAGAUUCAGAUGAUCAAGUGUCAAUGAAAUAGAGGAAUUGUCAAUGAAAAUGGUUUGUUUUUUCAACUGUGAAAACAUCACAAGUCUUAGGUUCCUUCAUUCUUGAAACUUAUUUUGUAAAUCUGUGUAAAUACUCUGUUUGAGUGAAAUUCUCAUUUGUGAAACAUUGUUUUUUUUUCUGCAAGUAUUUCAAUAUGUUGGCAAGGUACUACAAUCUAGAAACAAAGAUGGAGAUGAGCAAACUACAGCAGUUUCCAAUAAGGGAUAAUAAGUUCAUCUGCUAUAAAAG